UCGGUCAGUCGGCUCCCUUUCUUCUCACCGCGCAGUCGCGCACUGCCAUAGUCCGAUCUCCCCGUAUAUUCCCAUUCCGCCGGGCGGCGGCACCCGCCAUGGCCUCGCCGGCGCCGCCAACCGCCGGCCCCCAGGCGCUGGCGUUGCUCCCGACCCUCACCGAUGAGCUCCUCGAGGAGAUCUUCCUCCGCCUGCCCACCCCGGCCGACGUCGCCCGCGCCUCCGCCGCUUGCCCCUCCUUCCGCCGCAUCAUCACCGGCCGCUCCUUCCUCCGCCGCCUCCACGCCAUCCAACCGCCGCCUCUCCUGGGCUUCGCCGCCUACGAGGGAUUCCACCCCGCGCAGCCGCCCCACCCCUCCGCGCCGCUCGCCCGCGCCUUCGCCGACGCCGCCGACUUCUCCUACUCCUUCGUCCCCGCCGGGAGGUGGCUCACGCCCUGGCAUCCCCGCGACGUUCGCCAGGGCCGCGUCCUCCUCGAGUGCACUCCCGAAUGCGACCCCGCGUUUGAAUACUACGACACCGUCUUGCUGAGGGAUCUGGACCUCGCGGUGUGUGACCCCUUAUCCCGGCGAUACAGCCUGCUCCCUCGCAUACCCAAAAACCUAAGGGGUCAACACAAGCACCUCAUUGGUUUCGGGCUUUUCCUCGCUCCUACUGGCGAAGAUGACGAGGAGACAACAUUCAGAGUGGUAUGUGUGGCGUGUAACAAAACUAUGGUGGUUGUGUUUGAAUUUACCUCCAUCACUGGAGAAUGGCAUAUCCCUGCAUAUCUCAGCUGCAAUUCAUUGGGCACUGUCAUGACUGACACCCGGUACAGCUCCUCCUGUCAUGAUAAUGAGCAGAGUCGCUUCUACUGGAUAGUGCCUUGGAGGAGCAAAUUGCUUGUACUUUGAUGUAUUCAGUUUGGAGCUAUCCAUUGUCAACAAAGAUCUGGCUAACUGCCAUAUGCCUGACAGCGGGAAGCCUCUCAUUGUACUGGGUAGAGAUAGAACCCCUGAGGUGUUUUUUCUUGCUGAUUGCUUUGGGGAUGGCCCAACUGACAUAAUUCGCAUCACAAAGCAAAAUGGCAGUGGAUCUUCAGACGCAUGGCAGUUCGAGAAUAUGAUAUCAUUGCCAACCCAGUAUAACUAUUUCACCUUGGGCACGGCUGAUGGAUUCUUAUUCCUUCGCGGCAUUCUGCAAGAUGAAAACUCAGGGUACUCGUCGGAGGACUCUUCAGACAACUCAGUGCACUUGCAGGCAGAAUCUCCAGAUGUUGAAUAUUUUUCACUUGACGUCAAGACUCGUGAAUGUAAGAAGGUUUGUGUGAUGAAGCAGUACUACACUGUCCAUUCAUACUUCGGCUACCCACCACCAUUGGCAAAACCAACUAUAUAAGCUGGGAUUAAUGCGCUCUCUUUUUGGGCCUCAGUUUGAUCAUUCAUCAGAUGUUUGAAGGAAUGGAUGGUCAUGAUGGGUCUGCGCUUCAUGAUAAACCUUAGUAAUUUAGUAUUCGUCAAAAACUUGUCAUCUUGUAGUUAACUUAUGUCUGCAUGACUAUAUGCGAAGCAAGGCUUGUCAAGUUCAAUCGGUUUGAGCUUUGAACACUAAAUAUGCGUGCUUUGUAAUUUUGUUACCCUGUUGGUGUGCAAUGUUAUGAGAUUUUUAGAUGGAAA